UAUCGGCGACAUUUUAUAAAGCUUUUAAUUUCAUCGCUUCUCUGACGUCGGCAUCCAGGCUCUCACCCAUGUUGCAUUCCCCUCCUCAGUGACACAGUGCAGACUUUUGUCCUGCAGUCUGCAGCUCCCUGCGUGUGAAUGAAUUUCCGAAAUCUCCGAUGAAGACCCCCUCCUGGCGUCGUAUGAGCUCCAGACGUCUACAAUGAGUAAACUAGAUCUCUCCUCUGUGGAUCCACUGGAUCUCCCACUCUCUAUACUGGAAGUUGGCAUUGCUGGGAGAUUGGAGCUGAUCUCUGACGCCCCCGACCCUAAAGGCUCCACCGUUCCUUUAUCCACGGUCCCUCAUGGUUUACCCCCAUAUGAGGUGGAUCUGUCUUUCGAAGUCGUUGAGAACUAUCUGGUUGACCCACAAUGGCUUUCUAUCCAUGACUUUGACAGAAGCCAGAGGUCUUUUCCUCGAAGUAAGGAUGUCGGAUCCCUUUAUCAUAUGGAUAUCAGUGCCCCGCAGACGGAGCUCAGCAUGGAACGAAAUGCAGCGACUGGAGAACUGCGGGGGAUCAGUGAGGUCACCAUUGGGCACAGCGGCCUCUCUGCUCAGAACUCGCUGUCCCUCCGCCGACCCCCGGGGCCUCCGUCACAGUCCGUCAAGGGCAGCACCUCCAACUUCCCCUUCUGGCCCGGGGGGAUGGAUGAACCCACGCUGGAACAGAUGAAGGCGGCCGGGGAUGAGGAAGAAGCGCUGGACUUCGAGAAAGAUCUGCUGACUGCUCCCCCCUGGUGGAAACAGGGAAUGGACUUCAAGCAGCCGGACGGAUCGCAGCCUCCAGGGAUCCUCUCCUUUGCCAGCCUGCUGGGAUCUCAGGAAGAUUUCGCAUUGGGAGACUCGAGUGAGGAUGAAGAAGAUGUGAAAGCCAAAGAGAAGGAGAAGGGAGCAAAGACUGAAAGUCUCCCAAGGAGCAACAGCCUGGAGGACCUGGGAGUGGAGAUUGUCUCUAACAUGGCGUCCCCUCCACCGACCUUACCCCCAGCGAAUGCGCCCCAGGAGCAGUGGGCCGUCCCUCUGGACAGCCACUCUCCAGUGGAUGAUUUCUAUAAGCGCAUCCCGGAUCUCGCUUUCAAGCAUCCGUUUGAGCUGGACACCUUUCAGAAGAAGGCCGUGCAGUGCCUGGAGGCCGGUUCCUCGGUCUUCAUCGCCGCUCACACGUCUGCAGGGAAGACGGUGGUGGCCGAGUACGCUAUAGCCUUAUCUCUCAAGCACAUGACCAGAUCUAUAUACACCUCUCCCAUCAAGGCUCUGUCCAAUCAGAAAUUCCGAGAUUUCAAGAUCACCUUUGGAGAUGUCGGUCUGAUCACUGGCGACGUCCAGCUGUAUACCAGUGCAUCAUGUCUUAUCAUGACCACAGAGAUCUUAAGGUCAAUGCUGUACAAUGGCUCUGACGUGAUCCGGGACUUAGAAUGGGUCAUCUUUGAUGAGGUUCAUUAUAUUAAUGACGCUGAGCGCGGCGUUGUAUGGGAAGAGGUCCUUAUAAUGCUGCCGGAGCAUGUGAAUAUCAUUCUGCUGAGCGCCACCGUCCCCAACACCGUGGAGUUUGCAGAUUGGAUCGGGAGAAUUAAGAAGAAGAAGCUUUACGUCAUCAGUACGACGAAGAGGCCGGUGCCGUUAGAGCAUUUCCUGUACACGGGAAACAGUCAGAAAACGCUGAAUCAGUUCUUCCUUCUACUGGACGCUACUGGAACCUUCCAGACCAAGGGAUACUAUGCCGCAGUUGAAGCAAAGAAGGAGCGAUCCUCAAAGUACUCACAGACAUUUGGGGCCAGACACCCACAUGGAGGUGGAGCUGGACACGAUAAGGGCACCUGGCUGUCUCUCAUCCAGUCUCUUCGGCAGAAGGACGGUCUCCCUGUUGUGGUGUUCACUUUCUCCCGGACUCGCUGUGAGCAGAAUGCAGGAGCUCUGACCACCGUGGACUUGUGUACAGCGUCCGAAAAGAGCGAAAUCCAGACCUACUACAGCAAAUGCCUGAGCCGCCUGCGUGGGGGUGAUCGGCAGCUUCCCCAGGUUUUACAUAUGCUGGACCUCUUGAAGAGAGGGAUCGGGAUCCAUCACAGUGGGAUCCUGCCCAUCCUGAAGGAAGUGGUGGAGAUGUUGUUCAGCCGUGGACUUGUCAAGAUCCUGUUUGCCACAGAGACAUUUGCUAUGGGGGUCAACAUGCCGGCUCGUACCGUGGUGUUUGAUUCAAUCAGAAAACACGAUGGUACCAACUUCAGAGACCUGACCCCAGGGGAAUACAUUCAGAUGGCUGGACGUGCCGGACGACGGGGGCUGGAUAACACCGGAACGGUGAUCAUACUGUGUAAAUCCGACGUGCCCGAAAUGAGCGAUCUGCACAAGAUGAUGAUGGGGAAGCCCACGCAGCUGCAGUCCCAGUUCCGUCUCACGUACUCCAUGAUCCUGAACCUCCUCCGCGUUGAGGCUUUGAGAGUAGAGGAUAUGAUGAAGAGGAGUUUUGCCGAAGCUCGAACCCAAAAAGAUAGCAAGGCCCAUGAAGAGCGAAUAAAAGUUCUCACCAAGACUUUGGGCGACAUGGGGGAAAUUGAAUGCAUCGGGGACCUUGCAGACCUUUAUGACUAUUUUGUGACAGUGCAAGAACUCAUCUGCACCAGGGAGAUGCUGCAGAAAAAGGUGGUCGAAUCCAUGAAUGGCAUGAAGUGUCUAAGUGUGGGACGGAUCAUCAUAAUCAGUACCGAGUAUCACCCUUGGGUGCCUGGAGUGAUCCUGCAGGUGUCUUCAGAUGCCACCAAUAGGGCCUACACCACACUGGUGCUGUGUGAGAAGAAGCAAGGUGAUAAAAUGGCCUCUACCGAACGAGGGGAGAAGGAGAGCAAGACGGUUCCAUGUCCAGAUGAUCUUUUAAUGGGCAAAGUCUUCCGACCUGAGGGACCAUGUGACUGCAAGCUUCUGAAACUCCGCCCCUCAGAAAUUCUCACGAUAACUAUUAAGACUUUAAGGGUUCAAGCCGACAAAGUUUUGGCUGAUGUCACCAGGAGCCAAACCCCUCGCUUCAGAAAUGACCCUCCGGGCCCUGCAGUGUCGGGUGUGACGCAGGAGCUGUCUCGACUGGCGGACCUGCCCCCUGGAGCACUAACGCCACUGUGUCCUGUAAAUGAUCUGCAGUUAAAGGAGCUGGAGGUGGUGGAGGCCGUCACCAGAAUUAAGAGACUGGAAGGAGCCUUGAGAGAAUUCAGCUGCCCCAACAGCCCUCGUUUUACGUCCCAGUAUCUCCGUCUGGAGCAGCGAUCACAGGUUAUGGAUGAGCUAGAUCGUCUCCGCUUUCUGACUUCUGACCAAUCAUUGAGCCUCUUGCCCGAGUACCAGCAAAGAAUCAAUGUCUUGCGCACCUUACAUUACAUAGAUGAUGGCGGAGCGGUGCAGCUGAAGGGACGCGUGGCUUGUGAGGUUAGCAGUCAUGAACUGUUGGUUACUGAACUGGUACUGGAUGGGGCACUGUCAUCACUCAACCCUGAGGAGAUUGCUGCUCUGCUCUCCUGCCUUGUCUUCCAGCAUAAAACACAGUGUGAACCGCGACUGACAGACACACUUAAAGAGGGUGUCAAGAAGGUGCAGGAGUUGGCGGAGCGUUUGGCGCUGACUCAGCGGGAAUGCGGCCUGAAGGAGUCGGUAGAAGAUUAUGUUGCACAGUACAAGUUUGGCCUGACGGAGGUGGUGUACGAAUGGGCUCGCGGCAUGCCCUUCUCUGAGAUCAUGACGCUGACUGACAUCCAGGAAGGCCUCAUUGUGCGCUGCGUCCAGCGGCUGGAUGAAGCUUGCCGGGACGUGCGCUCUGCCGCUCGACUGGUCGGAGACGCCACACUCUGCGCCAAGAUGGAUGCCGCCUCACAGCUCAUCAAGAGGGAUAUAAUCUUUGCUGCCAGCCUGUACACACAAUGAUCUGUUAUCACGAGGUUAAUACUCAACAUUUUAUUUGGGGGAUCCCUUAAAGGUGUUGUCUGAGUUAUGAAGAAAAAAUAUGUAGCACUGUAAAUCUGAUGGACAGCAAUAUAUAACUAAGCUAAGAAAGUUUUAGGUAAAAAAAAAAGGGAGUGAAUACAAGUGCUUCCCUAAGUGACAUGUCUGACUGCUGGGUUACUCAUCAGCAUGUUGUACGUGUAGGACUACAAGUCCCAGCUGUACAAUGACACUGCUGAUACACACAGGAUCUUCCCCCUACCUGUUAUUGUUCAAUGCUCUGCAGAACUCCUCUAGUCUGUCAGCUCUGUGUCUUCAGGAUGAGGAGCGCAGAUCCUGUGUCUCUUCACUGCCUGCAGCUUCUCACCAAAGCCGCUGAAGGGGUAAUCUUUCCUGAAGUAUCCAGUGGGAGGGAGACACAGGACAGAGAGCAGCAGCUCAGCCAGUGCAGGGGGGCAUGGCCAGCACAGUGACGUCUCGUGUACAGACACUUAUCUGCUCUCUCAGGCUUGUGCACGAAACAUCAUCAGAGCAGGGAGAGAGGCUGACAUCACAGGUCAUGUGACCCUCAGUGAAAUCUGAGAACGCAGCAACUGUAGAUGCAGUAAGUGCAUGGUAAAGCCUUUACAUUUGAUUAGUUAGAAACAUACAAAGAACAAAAUAAUAACUCAGACAACCCCUUUAAUGCUCUCAUCUAUACAAUGUGUGUCCUUAAAGGCCAUGUACACCUUCGGAUGCAAUUUUUUUUUUUUUUAGGAUUGCAUUUUACUAAAAAAAAAAAAAUAUUAAAUUGGCCUUUAUUAAAAAAUAUUGAGCUGUUCUGUCACCAAAGGUUAACGGUUUUUCUAGCUGUGUGAUUGGUACUUUCACUUUUGGUUAUCUAAUAAACCUCAUCUCAAAACUACGGAGAUAAACACUUAUUUAAGCAGCUCCUGGUCUGAUGGAAAAGACUGAAAAUCCAAAGGGUGCUACUAGAGCAUAUAAGC